AUGCUCAAUGUAAAUGGAAAUCCUCGUCCAGUUAUUAAUUCAAAAGGAAAGAGAAGAAAACCUUCUUCUAAAAGCUUGGGUCAAGCUUUGAAAUGUAGUGAUGAAGUCUUUUUAGAUUUCAUAUCUCGUUGUUUACAAUGGGAUCCUGAAAAACGUGGUAAUAGUCUUUCAAAAAAGUCAAGCUCAAAGUCACUCAGAAGUACCAAUAAUAACGAAACAUUGUCUAUAUUGAAAGAUUUACAACAAGUAGAAAGUGAACUUGACACUCAUACAAAUCAACUAAUUGGUAGAAUGAAAAAGUUAUUCGAUGUCCCUGGUGAAAAUAAUACUACUAAAAAUAACGUUGAUGUUAAUAUUAGCACAAUAUCAAAUGACUCUUCCUCAUCAAGUUAUAAUAACAAUCUUGGUGAAAAACUAAAACGUUCUCCGUCAGCGUCUAAACGUUCUUCCGCAUUGACUCCUACCACCACUUCUAAACCUUUAUUAAAUCGUCGUAUAAGUGCACAAGAUUCUGCCAAAUCUUCUCCAAAUUCUUCAUCAUCAAUGAUAAAUGGUGCAAAAUCUGAAGAAAAAUUAAAUUCACCGCCUAAUUCAAAUUCUUCUUCAUCUUCUAAACAUAAGAAAAAAGAUAGUAGUAGCCAUAAUAAUAGUAAAAGAAAACCUUUUGUCGACACUUCUACAUCAACAAAAACUCGUGCAAUGCAACAGUUAGAGGACUUUACUUCAUUCAGAGACUUUAAUAAUGAACCUUCUAGUACUAAAAGAUUAAGCGGUAAUAAUAAUAGAAGUAAAAGUAGCAAUAGUAAUCGUUUAAAAAAAUUUAACAAUGAAAAAUCAGUUGUUGAUAAAAAUAAUUUAAUUAUUAUAGGUUCGUAUGGUGAUGAUAUUAAGUCUGAUAUACAUGGUGAUACUCCUUCUCCUUUACUGCCUGCUUUCUUUGAGGACGAUGCAUGGCCAUCUGUACUUCUAUUGUUAUCUCUUUUACUACUACGUGGUGGUGGUGUUUUACUAUCCUCAAAAUCACCUUUUGGCGCUGUUAUACUUACAAUUUUUUUAUCAGAAGAAACAUUACAUACAGUUACAUCAUCUUCAAGUAAAUCUUCUAGUCAAUCUAAACAUAAAUCAAAUAUUUCUGAUUUUCCACCAUGGUUAAACAACAAUAACAGCAAUAACAGCAUCAAUGCUCCUUCAAGCACUAGCUUUAUAUCAUCUUCGUCGCCUUCUUCAAGAGCGUCUUCAUCAUCACAUAAAAAAGGUGGUAAUAGUCUUUCAAAAAAGUCAAGCUCAAAGUCACUCAGAAGUACCAAUAAUAACGAAACAUUGUCUAUAUUUAAAGAUUUACAACAAGUAGAAAGUGAACUUGACACUCAUACAAAUCAACUAAUUGGUAGAAUGAAAAAGUUAUUCGAUGUCCCUGGUGAAAAUAAUACUACUAAAAAUAACGUUGAUGUUAAUAUUAGCACAAUAUCAAAUGACUCUUCCUCAUCAAGUUAUAAUAACAAUCUUGGUGAUGGGCUCAAGGAUGUAUGA